AGCGACCAAAUCUUUUGAAGAAGAUAAUCAAAGACUGUUGUUGUAGAUACAGAAGUUCAUCAAACAUGGGAAGAUCUCCAAGCUCAGAUGAAACCGGUCUGAAGAAAGGUCCAUGGUUGCCUGAAGAAGAUGAUAAACUCAUCAAUUAUAUUCAGAAACAUGGCCAUAGCAGCUGGAGUGCUCUUCCCAAGCUCGCUGGUCUUAACAGGUGUGGGAAGAGUUGCAGGCUACGAUGGACAAACUAUUUGAGACCUGACAUCAAGCGAGGAAAAUUCUCCCCUGAAGAGCAACAUACCAUUCUGAAUCUUCACGCAGUUCUUGGAAACAAGUGGUCAAUGAUUGCAAGCCACCUACCAGGGAGAACAGAUAACGAGAUCAAGAAUUUCUGGAACACUCAUUUGAAGAAGAAGAUGAUUCAGAUGGGUUAUGAUCCCAUGACUCAUCGUCCAAGAACCGAUGAUAUCUUCUCGAGCUUAUCUCAGCUCAUGUCACUGUCUAACCUAAGAGGACUUGUUGAUCUGCAGCAACAGGUUCCAACUGAAGACCAAGCUUUUUUGGAUCUCCAAGCUGAGAUGGCUAAGCUCCAGUUAUUCCAAUACUUCCUUCAACCUCCUCCUCUUCCCAUUAGUACUAGUAGUAGCAGCAUUAACCCUAAUGACUUAAACAUCCUCAAUCUCCUCUUCAAAGAAAACUCCAAUACCAAUAAUAAUCUCGACUUCGGUCUCCUCACUUCUUAUCUUCAAGACUUCAACAACCUGAACCUCCCAUCCCACAAAUCCCUAGACGAGAAUCACUUCAUUCAAAACAUUUCUCCAAUAUGGCUACAUGAACCACCGAGCUUGAGCCAAACUAUGUUGCCUUCUCAUGAGAGUGAUGAUUUGGCUGGGAGUGUAGAUGGUUUCGGCUGCAACCAGGCUUCCUCAAACCAUGAUCACGAAUUAGCAGCCACAGGCUCUGUAGAUUGGCCUGAUCAUCUUUUUGAUGACUCCAUAUUUCCAGACAUUCCUUAUCAAUCUUGAGGUAUGGAUGUAUAUGCUUCCAAGGAACUUGAGUGGAUCUGU